CAGCCUGAGCUGGGGGAGCGGAGCAUGGUGGGGAGGGGCGCGGGGCGGGCGAUCCGGGAGGCCGCGGCGCCGCGGCCUCUCCCCACCAGGCACCCCGGAUCCCACUGGACACCCUGAAGGCACACCGACCGCGCCUCUAGAGUCACCCCUACCGACUCCUCCCCUCUUCUCUAGACUUCUUUCCAUCCCUCUCGCCUUUACCCAUCCCACCCUUCUUUGGGCUCCGACCGCCGCCCUCUUCUCAUUCUGGCACCGGCCCUUCUCGGCGCCCCUCUUCCCUAAGGAGAUGCGAUGAGCCAGUGUCCCCGCGUCCUCAUCGCCACCCUGGGCAAGGUGCCCGUCCGGUGCCCGUGGUGGGGAGGGAGCACCCCGCGGUCCCUCCGUGACGCCCCUCCCUUGGCCCCCCCCACAGCUGGCGUCCCUGGGCGAUGCCCCAGAGGACCCAGCCAGGGGGUGGGCUCUAGAGCGAGGGGAGUGGAGAGGAGAAAGGACGGGGCCUUGGGCGCCUCUGAGAUGCUCCCAAGCGCCAGGGGGGCCCGAGAGAGGUGCAGGCAGCCCAGUGGCAGGCAUGAUGCCCUCGCCUAGUGACUCCAGCCGCUCGCUAACCAGCCGGCCCAGCACCCGGGGCCUUACCCACCUCCGCCUCCACCGACCCUGGCUGCAGGCCCUGCUCACUCUGGGGCUGGCCCAGGUUCUCCUGGGCAUCCUGGUGGUAACCUUCAGCAUGGUGGCCUCUUCUGUCACCACCACCGAGAGCAUCAAGAGGUCCUGCCCAUCUUGGGCUGGGUUCUCGCUGGCGUUCUCCGGGGUGGUUGGCAUUGUGACCUGGAAGCGGCCAUUCACUCUAGUGAUCUCUUUCUUCUCCUUGCUUUCGGUGCUCUGUGUCAUGCUCAGCAUGGCUGGCUCUGUUCUCUCCUGUAAGAAUGCUCAGCUGGCCCGGGACUUUCGAGAUUGCUCCAUGGACGGAAAUGUCUGUGUGUGCUGUCCCCCUGUUCCCCUACUCCGGCCCUGUCCAGAGUCAGGACAGGAACUGAAAGUUGCCCUUAACUCCACCUGUGAUGAAGCCCGAGGGGCCCUCAAGAACCUGCUUUUCAGUGUCUGUGGGCUCACAGUUUGUGCUGCCAUAAUUUGUACCCUCUCUGCUAUUGUAUGCUGUGUUCAAAUCUUCUCCCUGGACCUUGUGCAUACGCAGCUGGCCCCUGAGCACUCAGUUUCAGGCCCCCUCGGUUCUUUGGCCUGUACAUCAUCGCCUCCAGCCCCCCUCCUACACACCAUGUUGGACUUGGAGGAAUUUGUACCGCCUGUGCCCCCACCACCUUACUACCCCCCAGAGUAUACCUGCAGCUCAGAAACAGAUGCACAGAGCAUCACAUACAAUGGCUCCAUGGACAGCCCCGUGCCCUUGUACCCUACUGAUUGCCCUCCUUCUUAUGAGGCUGUUAUGGGGCUACGAGGAGACAGCCAGGCCACUCUGUUUGAUCCCCAGCUACAUGAUGGCUCCUGUAUCUGUGAGAGAGUGGCCUCCAUUGUAGAUGUGUCCAUGGACAGCGGGUCUCUGGUGCUGUCGGCCAUCGGUGACCUCCCCGGGGGCUCCAGCCCGUCCGAGGACUCGUGCCUGCUGGAGCUGCAGGGUUCCGUGCGCUCCGUUGAUUACGUGCUCUUCCGCUCUAUCCAGCGCAGCCGCGCCGGCUAUUGCCUCAGCCUGGACUGCGGCCUGCGAGGCCCCUUCGAGGACAGCCCCUUGCCUCGACGCCCCCCACGGGCGGCCCGCUCCUAUUCCUGCUCUGCCCCUGAGGCCCCGCCCCCGCUGGGUGCCCCCACAGCUGCGCGCAGCUGUCACCGGCUGGAGGGCUGGCCGCCCUGGGUGGGGCCCUGCUUCCCCGAGCUGAGGCGGCGGGUACCCCGGGGGGGCAGCCGCCCUGGGGCCACCCCUCCCACCCGAGCCCCCACUCGACGCUUCAGCGAUAGCUCAGGUUCUCUCACCCCACCGGGGCACCGGCCUCCUCAUCCGGUUCCCCCGCCACCGCUGCUGCUGCCAAGGUCCCACAGCGACCCGGGCAUCACCACCUCCAACGACACUGCUGACUUCAGGGACCUUUAUACCAAAGUGCUUGAGGAAGAAGUUGCCUCUGUUUCCUCUGCAGAUACAGGGCUCUGCUCUGAAGCCUGCCUCUUUCGCCUUGCCCACUGUCCUUCCCCCAAGUUGCUUCGUGCCCGUUCAGCUGAGAAAAGGCGCCCUGUGCCCACCUUCCAGAAGGUUCCCCUGCCCUCAGGCCCUGCACCUGCCCACUCUCUGGGGGACCUGAAAGGGAGUUGGCCAGGCCGGGGUCUGGUCACUCGGUUCCUCCAGAUGUCCAGAAAGUCCCCAGACCCCACUGGGACUGGAGCCCAUGGACAUAAGCAAGUGCCCCGGAGUCCGUGGGGCCGGCCAGGCCGUGAGAGCCUCCACCUUCGCAGCUGUGGCGAUCUGAGCUCUGGCUCUUCCCUUCGAAGGCUCCUGUCUGGCCGCAGGCUGGAACGUGGAACCCGUCCUCAAAGCCUCAGCCUCAAUGCAGGCAGUAGGGAGACUGGGCUCUGACCUGAGUUUCUUGUCCCACUGAACAGAUCUACAUGAAGGCUGGGGCCUCGGGCCCCAGUUGGUUGGGACCAGCAUCCCCAACACUCCCUUGCACUGGCUGGCACAAAAAGAAAUUGCUGUAUACAUCCCAAAGUGUCCCUUUUCCCUCCUACCUCUGGGGGCUCCUGCUGCUUGCCUCAGCCCCUCCAGACUAUGGGAGCUUCUAUCCUGUGCUGCAUGAGUAUUCAGGCUGUGGGGGGAGACGCACCUGCUUUCUGCAUCAGAGGCGGAAAAACUCUCUCCAGCAUGAGAGUGGCUCUUUCUGAUCUCAGGGGCAAAGGCAAGUCUUGGUGUUUAAGUACAGGGAGACUUGUGCCUGUGUGAUGUAUUGGAGAGGCAGGCACCUUGCCCUGCCACCUCUAGCUGCAUGACCUUGGGCAAGUUAUUUAACUCCAAUUGCCUCAUCUGUAAACCAUUGUGGAAAUGAAUGUUUGUAAGCUCUUAACACUAAGCCUUCAAUAAAUUUCAAUUUUCCCCUUC